AUGGAUGGUAAUCGCAUAAAGGAAGCGAUCCUGAAGGAUGGCUUCAUUGUCAUUGAAGCUGGCGAGGUUGGACAAAGGGUGGAUGUUUUCAGGGGGAAGAAGUAUCCAUUCCUCAAAGAAGGCGGUCUCUACUUCCUGAAGGAUACUCUUGAAGAUACUAAGGUUGUCGAAACCGUUGAGUCUUUAUUUAAGCGAUCUGGCCUAGGCAUGUUCACACUUUUCGGGCCGCAUCCCGACACAGCGCGAGCCCCGUUAAAUAGGACCAGCGACGAAUUACUUGUCGUCAACGUCCUACAUUGUGGUCCAGGCUCGAAAAUUAUAUUGUACGAAAAUAGUCACAAACACUUCUUGGAUGCCAGGCCUCCUGCAAUGAAAGAAGAUGAUACUGGCUUCCUCGAGAAAUUAAGGACUUCCAUGAGAAAACCGGGCAUUACGGAAUUAGAAAAAACAUUACCUGCCGGUGGUUUUAUUUUCCUGGAUGGCCGGUUCUUCACGACUAUUCUGCAAGGUGUUGUUCUUGAAGUUGCCUUCGCGGAUGAGAAAGAACUCAAUGAAUGGAAUCCGAUACAGCUUCCAGGGUCCCCAGACCUCGAAAGCAUUGUGGACAGCAUGGAACGCGAGAGGAUCAAAAUAAACAUAAAAUUUGUCAAAUAG